GGCUUCAAGUUGCAUAUCAGCCGCCGAGCUCGACAACCUCCUCGGCCACUGCAGAGCCGUCACGGACGUAGCGGGGAGCGGUUUCGCAGCGGAGCUAAUGGCGGCGUACCUGCGGGCCAGAGUGGUGCUGAAUGUGCGGCGGAAUGAAGACGAAUGGCUGGAGAGCAUUGAGGAGACCAUGCUGAAGGUGAUUUAUGAUCGCUGGGGUUUCUGGGUCACGAGGUGCUUCGGUAAAGAUGUGUUUUGGGAUGGCAUGCGUUUCAUCGAUUUCUGUGGCCGUGGCUGUUUCGGGUUGGGGAGGAUGCCGACUCUAGAAGUAGAGGGUUUAACGCAAAGAGGAGCAGAUCACGAAGUUGUGGCUGGGGAUAGCUACUCGAAACAUGGCCAUACCGUUGGAGGCUCUUGUUGCUGGUGGAGCCGUGUUUUACAAGUAUCGAUUUUGAUACUGUUUCAUGAGGUGCGCAAUGUCGCAAGUAUGUUACUGGGCCGUCCCUCGAGGCUAUAGUCGAAGCACCGUUCUUGAUAUGCGACUUCUUAUGUUACAUUCCGGAUGGCGUCCAAAAGAAGAGAACUUGAUGCAUAACGUACAACCCCAC